GGAACCGGAACCGGCUGGAGCCGGGGGCGGGGCUUCGCGCGGCUGUGGAGGCUGCUGGAGAGGCGGCCGCGGUGGCCAGACGGGGGUGGUCGCUGCAGCCCGGAGCCCCAUGGUGCGGGGCCGUGGCCAGGCCGCAGGAGGAGCCCGAGGUCCGGACCUCCCCGGCUGACCGUGCGGCCCGCGCUGCCCGGAGUUGCCGCCGUCCGUCGGGCCCCGCGGGGCGCGGGCCGGCCGCCAUGGGGUCCCUGUUCCGGAGCGAGACUAUGUGCCUGGCGCAGCUCUUCCUGCAGUCGGGCACGGCCUACGAGUGCCUCAGCGCCCUGGGCGAGAAGGGCCUGGUCCAGUUCCGAGACCUCAACCAGAAUGUAAGUUCUUUCCAAAGAAAAUUUGUUGGUGAGGUGAAGAGGUGUGAAGAGCUGGAGCGAAUAUUGGCAUAUUUGGUGCAGGAAAUUAACAGAGCUGAUAUCCCCCUUCCUGAAGGAGAGACCAGUCUUCCUGCACCACCUCUUAAACAAGUUCUAGAAAUGCAGGAGCAGUUGCAGAAGCUGGAGGUUGAGCUGAGAGAAGUCACUAAGAACAAGGAGAAACUGCGGAAAAACUUGCUUGAACUGAUCGAGUACACUCACAUGCUCAGAGUGACAAAAACCUUCGUUAAACGAAACGUGGAGUUUGAACCCACUUAUGAAGAAUUCCCUUCCUUAGACGGUGACUCUCUGCUGGACUACAGCUGUAUGCAGAGGCUGGGAGCAAAGCUGGGGUUUGUAUCUGGCCUAAUUCACCAAGGAAAAGUGGAAGCAUUUGAAAAAAUGUUGUGGAGGGUCUGCAAAGGGUACACCAUCCUGACCUAUGCAGAGCUGGAUGAACCCCUCGAAGACCCUGAGACAGGAGAAGUCAUAAAAUGGUAUGUGUUUUUAAUAUCCUUUUGGGGAGAGCAGAUUGGCCACAAAGUUAAGAAGAUAUGUGAUUGUUACCACUGCCACGUUUACCCCUACCCAAAUACCGCCGAGGAGCGGAGAGAGAUUCAGGAGGGACUGAACACCCGGAUUCAAGAUCUUCAUACUGUGCUUCACAAAACGGAGGACUAUUUGAGGCAAGUGCUGUGUAAAGCCGCCGAAUCCGUCUACACCCGUGUCAUCCAGGUGAAGAAAAUGAAAGCCAUUUACCACAUUCUGAACAUGUGCAGCUUCGACGUGACAAACAAGUGCCUCAUCGCUGAAGUGUGGUGCCCCGAGGCCGACCUGCAGGGCCUGCGGCGCGCGCUGGAGGAGGGCUCGAGAGAGAGUGGUGCGACAAUCCCCUCGUUUAUGAACACAAUCCCAACAAAAGAAACACCCCCAACUCUAAUCCGCACCAACAAAUUCACCGAGGGCUUUCAGAACAUCGUGGACGCCUAUGGAGUUGGCAGCUACCGAGAAGUAAACCCAGCUGUCUUCACCAUCAUCACAUUCCCCUUUCUGUUUGCCGUGAUGUUUGGAGACUGUGGACAUGGCUUCGUGAUGUUCUUAUUUGCCCUCUUGUUGGUGUUAAACGAAAACCAUCCCAGACUAAAUCAGUCACAAGAGAUCAUGCGCAUGUUCUUCCACGGGCGGUACAUCCUACUGCUGAUGGGGCUGUUCUCAGUGUACACGGGCCUCAUCUACAACGACUGCUUUUCCAAGUCCGUCAACCUGUUCGGCUCUGGGUGGAGCGUGGCUGCCAUGUACAGCGCCAACCACACUCCAGCGGAGCGCCAGGAAAUGGUGCUUUGGAAUGACAGCGUCGUCAGGCACAGCAGGCUCUUGCAGCUGGACCCCAGCGUCCCCGGAGUGUUCCGAGGCCCCUACCCUCUGGGCAUCGAUCCUAUUUGGAACUUGGCCACAAAUCGCCUCACUUUUCUAAACUCUUUCAAAAUGAAAAUGUCUGUGAUUUUGGGAAUUAUUCACAUGACUUUUGGAGUCGUCCUGGGAAUAUUUAACCACUUGCAUUUCAGGAAGAAGUUCAAUAUUUACUUGGUCUCCAUCCCAGAACUUCUCUUCAUGCUGUGCAUGUUCGGAUACCUGAUAUUCAUGAUCAUCUAUAAGUGGCUGGUUUAUUCAGCAGAAACCUCCAGAGUUGCUCCCAGCAUUCUGAUUGAGUUUAUUAAUAUGUUUUUAUUCCCGACGAGUGAAACAAGUACUCUUUACUCAGGGCAGGGACACAUCCAGAGACUACUGCUGGCUGUCACUGCGCUGUCUGUCCCCGUUCUCUUCUUGGGAAAACCACUCUUUCUCUUAUGGCUCCACAACGGGCGCAGCUGCUUUGGGAUCAGCAGGAGUGGUUACACGCUUGUAAGGAAAGAUAGCGAGGAAGAAGUUUCUUUGCUGGGAAGCCAAGACAUAGAAGAGGGAACUAACCAAAUGGAAGAUGGAUGUAGAGAAAUGACAUCUGAAGAGUUUAAUUUUGGAGAAAUAUUAAUGACCCAGGCAAUUCAUUCCAUCGAGUACUGUCUGGGCUGCAUCUCCAACACCGCUUCAUACCUAAGGCUCUGGGCACUCAGCCUGGCUCAUGCACAGUUGUCUGAUGUCCUGUGGGCUAUGCUGAUGCGUGUGGGCCUCCGGGUAGACACGACUUUCGGUGUCUUGCUGCUGCUCCCGGUUAUCGCUGUCUUUGCAGGUUUGACAGUCCUCAUCCUUUUGAUCAUGGAAGGGCUUUCUGCAUUUCUUCAUGCCAUACGCCUCCAUUGGGUGGAAUUUCAGAACAAAUUCUACGUUGGUGCAGGCACCAAAUUUAUUCCUUUCUCAUUCAGACUACUUUCAUCGAAGUUCAGUGAUGAUGUGGCAUGAUCAUAUUGCUGUAUCCAACAAGCUUUCAGAUUUAUGGAGAAUUAUGUUAUAGAAUUUCAUUUAUGUCAAAUUUACGAUAGGAAAAAUUCCGUCUUCUUUGAUUGCCUUAUGAGCUAGCCAAAUAAUUCUGUAAGAUAUACCUCCGUCCUCAUGUUAAAUAUUUUGUAAAGUUUAUCAAUUUCAGAUAUAUAAACUUAUUUCAGUUUUUAUGAUGAGCAAAUAUAUAAGUUAAUGCCAAAA